AUGCACUCCGAUGCUUUUGAUGUCAUUCCCUUCGAGGACAUCCAAGGAGAUUGGAAGAAACUAGGUUCGGGCUCGUUCGGCAACGUCUACAAGGCAACAUACCUUGGGAUCGAGGUCGCGAUCAAGGAGGUCCUCCCCUCGAACGAUUACGAUGUCGCGAAGUACUUCGAGCGCGAAUGGCGGCUGAUGAAAGAAGCGCGCCAUCCCAACGUUGUGCUCUACAUCGGCCUCUCGCGCGCCCCCGACGGCCGCAUCUUCAUCAUCUCCGAGUUCAUCGAGAACGGCAACCUGCGCAUGUACAUCCACGACAAGAACAAACCCUUCCCUUGGCGUCUCCGCAUGUCCUUCGCGACCGACAUCGCCCGCGCCCUCGCCUACCUCCACGCGCGCAAGUGCAUACACCGCGACCUCAAGGGCGAAAACCUGCUCGUCACCGCGAACGGCCGCCUGAAGAUCACCGACUUCGGCUUCGCGCGCAUCGCGGCCCGGAACGAGGAGGAGAGCAAGCGCCUCACGUUCUGCGGCACGGACUCGUACAUGUCCCCCGAGAUCCUCCUCGGGAACGAGUUCGAUCUCCCCACAGACAUCUACUCGCUCGGCGUCAUCUUCUGCGAGAUCCUCUCCCGGAAACUUGCCGACGACCACACCUUCCGCCGCACGCCCCCGCUCUUCAACGUCGACGACGACGAGGUCCGCAGGUUGGCGACCCCUGGAUGCCCACCAGACCUGAUGAAGUUGGCGCUCGACUGUAUGGCGCAGAUUCCAAGCGCGCGCCCCACGACGCGGGAGAUCCUCGACCGGCUCAGGGAGAUCGAGGCGGAGGUCCUGGCGCGACCGUCGGAGGACGACAUCCAUCUCGGCACCGUCAAGUUCAUGACCGGCAUUCGCAGACCGGGCGGUGCACCGCGGAUCCCGAGCUUCGGGAUGGGCAUCGGCAAGCCGUCGGCGCACAAGGCCUCGCACUCGUCCGACGACGACUCCGACGACGAGUUCACGAAGGUGGUCGAGGGCCUCAGCCGCGUCAACCUGCACAGCGCGUGGAGCGAGGGCACCGCAGGACACGACGACACCAGCCACACGAGCGAGCAGCCGCUCAUCGACAGCACCUCGAGCACGUUCUCGGACUACAGCACGACCGUCAUCCGCGCGCACUCGGGGCAGUAUUCGGACACGGCACCGCCCUCGCUGUCGUCGAUCCUCACGGUGCGCGCGCCGCCAUCGCCGAACGGCUCGGACGAUCUCGUGGGGCACCCGCUCGCCGUCGGCGCGCACGCACCCACGCCGACGACGACGGACUCGAUGCUCUCGAUCGAGUCGUACCACACCGCGUCGAGCAGCAUCAUGUCGAUCGCCGCCGCGACCGAGGGAGGUUCGACGAUGCGCGGGUCGACGAUCCCGAUGGUCCACCGCUUCACGCUCCUCAAGCCGGGCACGAAGCGCGGCUCGGGCACGGAGAAGGAGCUCCAGCUGGAGUCGACGUGGAACCCGCUCGAGCUCUUCUUCUCGAGCACGCUCCUCAGCGCCAAGUGCGACGUGUGCGCGAAGCGGCUCGGGUGGAAGCCCGUGCUUGAGUGCGACGACUGCGGGAUGAAGACGCAUCUCAAGUGCGGCGACCUCGCGCCGACGGACUGCGGCGUGCGCGCGCGCACGCACGCACCGCCAACGAAUGUGACGCCGCCACCGUCGUCGCCGAAGUCGAAGGUGACGAAGAUCAACGGGAAAAGCACCUCCCCGCGCUAG